CGUUGACAGGCGCCCUCGCGCUGACGUCGCUGACCCCCCUUUCACUGCCUCUGCAGUCUUUCUGUGCCAUGUCUCGCUCUAUUGCAGCAAGAAUCGAGACAGAUGAAGGUCAGCCUUCUUGAAGCGCAGCACUCUCUGGUCUAUGACAGGCUUGCCCUAAGCUCCAUAUUCGCGACGGUCUAUUCCAUCCUGACAUGCACACUCAUCAUGCUCUUAUGCGUUGUAUGUGGACACAAGUCUCUCGACUCCGCAUGUCUAAGCAGUGCAUCGAAGACGAACGACCAGGAGCCCUAUGGCCCCUCACUGUCCCUCUUUGCACCAUUCUGCCAUCGUUAUCGUGUCGUCACUCCCCUCCACACGUGCUCCUCCGUCGAGAGGCUGCCAAUUGAUCGAGAGAUGUUCCUGUGUCUAUUCGCGACGCUUGCGCUGCUGGGUCAGGCCCUGUGUCUUGUCGGAUACCACAUUCAUACUCAUCUGGAGGCCUAUUGUGAUCUCUCGGAAUCGUACGAUCUGUUCUUUGAGACGUCCCAAUCUCGACCGCCAUUCGCCAAUCUACUUAUCACGCCCACGUUUCAGAGCUACACAAUCGAGACAGCAAGCGCACCUAGCAGUAUGCAGGCUCGUGCUGACGAUGCAUGCUCAGAUUGACAGCUUUGAGCUGCUGCGCCAAGUUCGCGUCGCCCCUCGUGAGCGCUCGGCAACGCUGGAGGUCGAAUUCAUCGCCAGGCCCCUGAAUCCAGGCUAUCAUGAUUGCUGUCACGCAAUAGUCAGCGCUAAUGUGCUUGCUAAAGCUUAUGAAUUCUCGUACAGCAUCCGUUCGACCCACGUCGAGUUCAUCUGCUGGCCCCAUCCACGAGCAAGAUCUCUG